AUGUCAUCAGCCCCUGGCAAGAAAGUUGUAUCACCGGACGCUGAAAACUCUUGGACUGCCACGGUAUAUCUUUAGGCGCUCUACCUGAAUUUUUUUUUCUCUCAAAAAGACAAUAAGUAAAUGAAAAUUUUUCAGCUUGGUAAAGCGCUACGACCGGGACAAGAUUGGCCUGACAAAGACGAACUUCUUGACGUCGUCUAUUGGGGAAAGCAGGUAUUCAGGCAUUAUCAUUCUUCAGCGGAAAAUUCCCACAAAAAUUUCAAGGUUUUAUCUCUUUUCGUUGGCAUCGUUUUCGGUGUGACUCCUCUCUACGGAAUUCUGGCUCUGAUCGGAUAUGUUGCCAUCUCAUCUGUCAUUGCUCAACACUACGUAGUCAAAUUUCAAAAAGUACUUUUUUUGGUUUUUUUUUUUUAACAGUUUAUAUUGUUUCACAGGUAGAUGAGGAAGAAGUCGGUGGGUUCUGGGAACUGGCCAAAGAAGGAUUUGGCGCGGCGUUCGCGACAUUUAUGGUUACCUGGAUCACCAUCUACACUACUCUCCAUCACUAA